AAGCACCUAUUUAUAAUUUCUUACAUUACUCUAGUUUACUACCUGCUAGGUUUCGUCUUGUAUAUGAGCUCUCGUUUCUGUUAUAAAUAAAUAAAGAUUGCUCCUAUAUUCACCCUCUUAUGCCAGUUGCAAAAUAUUCUUUUCUACAUAUGUUGCAAGUUUGAAUAAUGGGAUGUGGAGAACUUAAAAUACGAAGCUAUGAUGUUCAAGUUCAUAGAGCUGGAGUGGAAGAUCUUGAGAGAAGAUGUGAGGUAGGCCCGACUGAAAGAGUACUCUUCAUAGAUACCAUGGGUGACCCCAUCUGUAGAAUCAGAAACAGUCCGAUGUACAAGAUGCUGGUAGCCGAACUGGGCAGCGAAUUGGUUGGUGUCAUUCGGGGCUCUAUAAAGCUAGCAACCGUUCAUAAACCUCCAAAGAAUAUAGCCAAGUUGGGUUAUGUGCUAGGCUUAAGAAUUGCACCACUUCAUCGACGAAAAGGGAUUGGAUCGAGGCUAGUGCUUGAAUUGGAGAAAUGGUUCAUAGAAAAUGAUGUUGACUACGCGUACAUGGCUACGGAGAAAGAUAAUGAAGCGUCAGUUAAUCUCUUCAUAAACAAGCUUGGAUAUGCCAAAUUCAGGACACCGGCGAUUCUUGUUAAUCCAGUUGAUCAUCGCGCCUUACGUUUGUCAUCAAAAACUGAGGUGGCAAAGCUCAAAGUUGAGGAAGCUGAGUUUCUAUAUCGCAAGUUCAUGACUUCAACAGAGUUUUUCCCUGAUGAUAUAGGGAAUAUACUGAGAAACAAGCUAAGCUUGGGGACUUGGGUGGCUUAUCCCAGAGGUGAGUCAUGGGAUGAUUUUGGUUCAGAUGGGAAAGUACUUCCAAGAAGUUGGGCUAUGCUUAGUGUAUGGAACAGUGGGGAGCUCUUCAAGCUAAGACUAGGGAAAGCGCCCUUCUCUUGCUUUCUAUACACAAAGAGUUCAAUAUUGAUUGAUAAAAUCUUUCCAUGUUUUAAGUUGCCUGCAAUUCCAGAUUUUUUUAGUCCAUUUGGAUUCUACUUCUUGUAUGGAGUGCACCAUGAAGGAUCGUUAUCAGGAAAGCUGGUUCAACACUUGUGCCAAUUUGUGCACAACAUGGCGACAAAGUCCAAAGAUUGUAAGGUUAUUGUAACAGAAGUUGACGGUAAGGACAUCCUAAGGCUUCACAUCCCCUACUGGAAAUCACUCUCCUGUCCAGAAGAUUUGUGGUGCAUAAAGACCUUGAAAAAUGAAGAGAACACAAUACAUCAAUUGCUAAAAGCGCCACCGACAACAACAUCCCUUUUUGUAGACCCAAGAGAGGUUUGAACAAUUUGAAAAUACCCCCUGGCCUUAUUAUUCUUGCUUGAGGCCAAACCUCACCUUAUGUAUUGUUAGAUAAGUCCAUCCCUCUCUCCCUUUGUGGGGACUCGCUUUUCUGUUGUACCUUUCACAUCAGUGACUCAAAAUCUCAAAAGAUUUCCUCAAUUAGGUGCCACCCUCGCUCUCUGUCCUUGUUUUCAACUGAUCAAUUGUCGCUACCCUCAUGAUCUUGACUAAUCAAGAAGCCAGUUGUCCUUGAUUUGUCCCUGGCUCUCGAGGAAAAAAAAUUCGAUUGGAUCAUCCAACCUUCAUUAAUUUGUCGGCACCCAUAUAUAGCUAAGGUAUUCCCUCACAUGCCAUUGCAAGAAAUUCAGAUUUCUUUUGAGGUGAAAGGCGGACAUAGCUAUUGAAUGCAAAGAAAAGCCUAACGAGGUCUCCAAAUUAAGUUAUUUAAUAAGGUCAUCUGAUAUUGUUUCUGCCAAACCUUUUAUGACUUCGACGAAUUUCAGCUCAUGCAUAAUUAAGGCACAGCAUAAAGUUGGGAAGAUGUCAGCUUCAAUGACCAAAUGCGGAUCCUACAUCUUCCGAAACCCUAGUUCUGAUGAUAAAACAAAGUUGGUUAGGGUUUCAAGUCAAUAGUCACAGUCGACACCAUGUUUGGCUAGGUAAAGCAGCCGCGACUUGGGCAUCUAUUAAUUCUCUCCAGCCAUAGAAGGAAGUUGCUCCAUUUAUAGUCACCAUUGAUUUUGUUUUUCAAAGGUAUUUCUUGUCAUCUAAAUUCGUACGUGUACCGAGGCUAGCAUAAUCACGAUU